GAGAAUGUGUCCCCGCGCCCCGGCGGCGCCGCGCGGCAACCGUUCCCUUGGGGAACCCGCCUUGCGCUGCUGACGUAACGGCGAGGCCGGCCGCGCGGUCGGGAGUAGCUGUGCCGCCGUCCUGAGGUAACUCCGCAGCUGCGCCCGCCCUUCCCCGCUCACCGGCGGCGGAGGGGACGCUGUGACAGAGCGGGCGAGAGCGGUCAGGAAGUGUAAUUUCCUGUGUCGCCUUGAACACCAGCGUGCAGACCUCCAUUCCCGCUUGAGCUCAUAUUCCAGAGACAUUUCCGCAGUCACUGCUUUAACUGGGAAACCGCCGAGUUCCCCGAGCAGCUCAGCCUCGACCCCCACCAGCAAUCCUCGGGCUUUACAGCCGAAGGUGCCACUUAGAUGCCGGGGCCGAGCCCGCUCUCUAACAGCCGGGGGCUGCAGGGGCCGGCGCCGGGCGGAAGGCAGUUCAGCGGGCUGGAACCUGCUGCGGCCGGCGGCGGGGCCUGCGCGCCCUGCUGCCCACACCACAAUGGAGCCGCUCCCCCGCUCCCUUUACAUCUAACGGGCUAAACGUCGCCAGGCCGCUGCCGCCCGCGGGGGGGGGCAGGACUCAGCUGCCCGCCCCGUUCAGUGCUCAGGACGGGCCCCCUGAGGCCCAGCGCCCAUGGCCGCCGCUGAGCAACGUCCGAGAAGUCGCGCGCCUGGCUCCCGCGCGCCCGCCCCUUCCCACGUGACGGGCGGCCCCUCCCCCUCCCGGUGGCCGCGCGGCGUCGCUCUCCGGGUAUUUGAACCGCGCUUCCGCCAUCUUCCCAGCGCCCAGUCACUGAGGGGAGCGACGCGGAGAGAAGCCUCGGGAAAGACCCAGCAUGGCCGCCCAAGGAGAGCCCCAAGUGCAGUUUAAGCUUGUCCUGGUUGGUGAUGGUGGCACUGGUAAAACAACAUUUGUAAAACGUCAUUUGACUGGUGAAUUUGAAAAGAAGUAUGUAGCAACACUGGGUGUUGAAGUUCAUCCUCUGGUGUUCCAUACUAACAGAGGUCCUAUUAAAUUUAAUGUAUGGGACACAGCUGGCCAAGAGAAAUUUGGUGGCCUGCGAGAUGGCUAUUACAUCCAAGCUCAGUGUGCCAUCAUAAUGUUUGAUGUAACAUCAAGAGUUACUUACAAGAAUGUACCUAAUUGGCACAGAGAUCUGGUACGAGUAUGUGAAAACAUCCCUAUAGUGUUGUGUGGCAACAAAGUGGAUAUUAAGGACAGAAAAGUCAAGGCAAAAUCCAUUGUCUUCCACAGGAAGAAGAAUCUCCAGUAUUAUGAUAUUUCAGCUAAGAGUAACUACAACUUUGAGAAGCCUUUCCUCUGGCUUGCUAGAAAGCUAAUUGGAGAUCCUAACUUGGAGUUUGUUGCUAUGCCUGCUCUUGCACCACCUGAAGUUGUUAUGGACCCAGCACUGGCAGCACAGUAUGAGCAAGACUUACAGAUUGCUCAAACCACUGCACUGCCAGAUGAAGAUGAUGACCUGUGAGGGACGAAGCUGGAGCCCAGCGUCAGAAGUCUAGUUUUAUAGGCAACUGUCCUGUGAUGUCAGUGGUGCAGCGUGUUUGCCACUUUAUUAUCUAGCUGAGCAGAACAUGUGCUUAAUCUUUGGGAUGCUGAAAGAGAUGAAUGGGCUUCGGAGUGAAUGUGGCAGUUUAAAAAAAAAACAAACAAACAAAACAAAAUGAAAAAAAAACCACAAACAAAAAACUUCAUAUUUUGGACCUGCAUAUUUAGCUGUUUUUUGGACUGCAAUUACUUCCCCUUUUGAGUUUCAAAUAUAAGACUGCUGCAGUCACAUCAGAGUGUUAAGUGGUAAAUCUUGUUUCUGUCAUUCCCAUUCUUUUUUGUUUAGAUAAUAAAGUUGUAUUUCAAGUAUCUCUAAGCAAGUGAACUUUCAUGCAUUGUUAAGAAAACUCUUCAGAAUGUCUUCUGUUCUUCAGUUGAAGCUAAUAGUUGGUUGUCUACUGCAUUUCCCAUUCUCUGUUCUCCUUUUCCCUCCUGCUUCUCAUGUUAUGCUCCUCUUGCUAAAUCAGAGCUAACAGUUAACCUUCCCUUGAUUUCCUGAAGCAUAUAAUUAAAGCACCUGAGGAGAGCUGAACUAACUGCCAGGUAAAAAUAAGCAGUGAACACUUGACUGGUAAGUGUGACUGGAUCAACAUUCCCAUGCAAAUGAGAAUGUUUGUGGUCUGGCAGGGUGUCGAGAGCAAAGUGUAGUUCAGCUUGCAUAUGCUGCCAUUGGAUACAGUCUCAACUCUUAACUUUUAGUAUGUUCUACAAUAUGCCUUCACAGAACUCUGUAUUUUUAGUAGCCAGAAACAAAUGGCAUCUAGGUCUCUUAGGUGACUUAAAAGCUGUAUCUUUGCAUGGAACAUCAUUCAGUAGGGCUAUAGCUGAUGAAACAAACUCUAAGCAUCUUAAAAUUCACUAACUAGAGAACAGCUGUAGUUAGAGCUAAAAAGCUCUUGGCUACGAAACAGCGUAUUAACUAAACCAACAUUUAUAUAAAUAUCUAGACUUUACUGUAACUGCACCAAGUUCUUAAUUUGAAACUCUUAGCUUAUUACAGCACAAAUGGUGGAAAAUGUCAACUUUAACACUAUCUUGUAGAGAUUAAUCUUGGUCAAUAUUAGUACUGCUAGUAAACAAAAUAUAAGUUUAAGAUACCAUUUUUCAGUAGUGUUUGAGUACAUGAAGCCUUGAACUCUUCAGUUUUGUAUUUUUGGUUUCUUAAUAAAGUGGAGCAUUUCAUUUAUUCCUUUUAA